CGCCGGCGACGCACACGCAGCCACGGCUCACCACAGCGGCAGCGGCAGCCUCGCGCCGGCGGCUAUGCUGAGCCCCAAGAUGCAGCGCACCGUCAGGGUCAACGAGAACCAGCUGCUGAUGCUGUCGGAGAAGGCGCACUACGAUCACUCGCUGGCCGGCUACCUGCACAAGCGCACCGCCGACAGCACCAAGUGGCAGCUGCGCUGGUUCGUCCUCUACCAGAACCUGCUGUUCUACUACGAGUCGGAGUCGUGCAGCCGUCCGUCGGGCGUGGUGCUCCUGGAGGGCUGCUACUGCGAGCGCCUCAUCACGGCGGGCAGCGCCAGCCGCAACCGGGAGGCCGCCGACAAAGCCCAACACUGCUUCGCCAUCUCGUACCGGCGCGAGAACCAGCGUCAGUACGAAUUGCGGGCGGCCAACGAAUCCGACUGCAAGACAUGGAUAGAGGCCAUCCGCGAGGCGAGUUUCAACAAACUGCUGCUGCAGAAGGAGGAACUUGAACAGAAACACCUUCAUCUGCUGCAAAUCGUCGAGAGCGAGAAGACGGCCAAAUGGCAGUACACACAGCAAUGCGAGGAGCUGGCCUCCGAGAUCAAGAAACUGCGUGCGGAGCUGUGCGCUCUGAAAAAGGAGUGGCGCCCGCUACCGGCGACGUACGGCGGCUCGUCUCUGAGCGGGGGCGGCGCGGGAGGCGGCCUGGCGGCGGGUCUGCUGGGGGCGGCCGGGGGUGGCGCGUGCCUGGGCGGCGCCCUGGGCGCGGGGGCGGGCCCCCACUCCGAGCAGGAGACGCUGGAGCUGCGCAAGAUCAAGAAGGUGCAGAGCUUCUUCCGGGGGUGGCUCUGCCGCCGCCGCUGGAAGCAGAUCGUCGAGCAGUACAUCAAGUCGCCGCACGCAGAGAGCAUGCGCAAGCGCAACAGCCUGGUGUUCCGCAUGGUGGAGGCUGAGGAAGAGUACAUGGAGCAGAUGGAGGUGCUCGUCUCGUGCUUCCUGCGGCCUUUCAAGAUGGCGGCCAGCUCCAAGAAGCCUCCCUGCUCGCACGAGGACGUCAACUCCAUCUUCCUCAACAGCGAAACGGUGCUCUUCCUGCACCAGAUCUUCCUCAAGGGCCUCACGUCGCGAAUGGAGAGCUGGCCCACGCUCGUCCUGGGCGACCUGUUCGACAUGCUGCUGCCGAUGCUGAGCAUCUACCAGGAGUACGUGCGCAACCACCACUACAGUCUGCAGGUGCUCACCGAGUGCAAGCAGUCGGCGCCGUUCGCGCAGCUGCUGGCGCGCCUCGAGAACAAGCCGGCGUGCCAGGGCCGCUCGCUGGAGACCUUCCUCACCUACCCCAUGCACCAGGUGCCCAGGUACAUCAUAACGCUGCACGAGCUGCUGGCGCACACGCCCCACGACCACGUGGAGAGGAAGAGCCUGCAGAACGCCCGCCAGCAGCUGGAGAACCUGUCGCGGCAGAUGCACGAUGAGGUCAGCGAGACGGAAAACUUGCGCAAGAAUCUGGCUGUGGAACGAAUGAUCGUCGAGGGCUGCGACAUCCUACUCGAUGUGAACCAAGUCUUCGUCAGGCAAGGUAGCCUCAUUCAAAUACCUUCUGACAAACCCAAGUCAUCACGAAGCCGCCUGACCAAUUUCAAGAGCGAGAAGGAAGCUCUCAGGCAGUGUUUUCUCUUCUCCAAUCACCUGAUCCUUGCCACAAGGACAUCAGGUGGGCGGUUACAUCUUGUUCCAGAAAUUGGAAAAAUUCCUCUGGCAGAUGCAAUCCUUAUCGAAGAUCCCAGUGAACAUGGUGCAAAUGAUGAUGAUGAGUCGUCGGUGUGUUCCAUGUCAAGCCAGUCAAGUGGUAUUAGUGAGACCUCAGGCAGCAGUGUUCACUGGCACAAUCGAGAUUUCAAGAUAAUCCUGGAUAUGAAAACAGGCAACCAACAGCCAGUGACUGUACAUUUGGUUGCCCCUAACAUGCAGGAAAAGGCAGCAUGGAUUAGUGACAUCAGCCAGUGCAUGGACAACGUUCAUUUUAAUGAUCUCUUGCACAGUUCAAUGUCAGACACAUCUUCUGUCACAAUGCCCCAGUCCAUCAAGAAUGAUCCCAAAUUAUUCAAAGAUGAUGUUGACAUUCGCUUCAGCCGAACUCUUAAUUCAUGCAAGGUACCACAGAUCCGGUAUGCUACACCUGAGAGACUAUUGGAGCGUUUAACUGAUCUCAGAUUCCUAUCCAUAGAUUUUCUAAACACCUUUUUGCUUACAUACAGAGUUUUCACAGAUGGGGUAACUGUUCUUGAAGCAUUGAAGAAGGUGUUUUAUAAUUCAGAUCCACCUGAGGCACAGACAGCAGUGGGAUCAGUGAUGUCACUGGAUGUUCUGAGUGGCAGGGAUGACCACACCACACUUCAUCAUUAUGAUGACCGCAGGAGAAGUAGCUUCUCACCACGAAGGACCAGUGGGGCAAGUUCAGUCUCUGGUUAUGGUUCUGAAAUGAGUGAUCGUGACCGUGAUCGUAGCCACAGUUAUGAUUCACAAGGUUUCCCUAGGGGUCACUGGAGAUGCAGUCACCGCAAAUACUCCCAUGUAUCAACUGAAGAAGACCAACAGCAGAGAGAGCUGACACAGAUUAAAGAAGCCCCAGCAAUUGUUAAGCAGAGUCCUACACAACAACAGUCACCAUCUCCUAGUUCUACUCCUCGUAAAAGUGUUAGUAUUCGUGUUGAAUCUGAAGAUGAUGGAAAACAUUUAACUAUUCCUAAAACUAUUGCUGUGUCUUCCAGUGCUGAAACAUUAACAGACAACACAGUAGUCAGUGCACCUUCUUCACCAAGCAACCUGAGUACUGUGACACUAGUUGGCUCCAGUAAUUCUGAGCCAAGUCCACAAGAUGUGGACAGUACUCAGCAGGGAACUCAGGAGGAAGAAUUUAUCACAACACCACCUACAGAGAUGGAUACAGCUGCUAUUGUAGACCCACAAGCUGGGAGUGGUGUUGUAGCAGACCCACCAACACCAACUCCUCCACCACCACAACCUGCACCACCUCCACAAACAGCAAGGAGAGAAUCACAGUCAGAACAACAGAAAUUGAAAGCUCAGUCAAAGCGCAAGGGCUCCUCCCAACAACAGCAGCAGGAUCAAUCUGAUGAGUCUGGAAGCGAAGCUCCACCUAUACCACAGGACCAUAGAGCAUCCACAUGUUCAUCCAGAUCUGCUUCAAUCACGACUGGUGUCAUACAGAGUUAUUACACAGGCCGCCGAUCCAUGCAGCAAGAUACGGAUGGUGGUGGAGGCAGUGCCUCACAGAGAGCCAGUUUCCAGCAUGAUUCUCCACAGAAUUCAAGCAAGGCAGGAGUAGUCAUCACGUCAUUCAGACAAUCACAGAGAAGCAUCGGACCAGAAGUAUUGUGGAGCAGUACUUCAACAGCAGCAGCUGCGUUUGCCAUUGCAACUUCAGCUUCAAGUAACCCCAGGGAUCAUGCCUCACCACCAUCGGUAAUCAAAGGCAGUGAUGGAGGACCUGGCAGUAUAAGAGGCCGCUGUAGUGUGGGUGAUGCCAGUCUAAGGUCAGCCUCUGGCAGCUGCCGUGAACGUAAUCGCAGGAAAGAGUCGGUCAUGUCGACUGCUGCCACCAUGCGUGUCCUUAAUGUGCUUAGGCACUGGGUGUCAAAGCAUGCACAGGAUUUUGAAAAUGAUCAGCGUCUCAAGAACCUUACAAUUGAGUUUCUUGAUGAUAUCAUCUACAGUCCAAAUCUACUACCUGCUGAGCAUAAAGCAGCUUCGCAGCUUCUGAGACUUAUAACAAAAGAAGAACCUGAAAGUAGUAAGGUGGAUCUUGAUCUGCUGCUUGCACCUCCUAUGACACCAAGUAAAGAAAACAUAGAAACACUUUCAGCUCUUGAAAUAGCAGAACAGAUGACAUAUGUGGAUCAUCAGAUAUUUAUUUCGAUUUCAAGCGAGGAAUUUCUGGGGCAAGCAUGGAUGAAAACCGACAAAGCUACGAAGGCACCACAUAUCCUACUCAUGACUAAGAGAUUUAAUGAGGUGUCACAGUUAGUUGUAUCUGAAAUCAUUCGACGCUCAAAUAUGACUGCAAGAAUUCAAGCUAUUGAGAAGUGGGCCGCUGUAGCUGAUAUCUCACGGUGUUUACAUAACUUCAAUGGUGUUCUGCAAGUCUGUGCAGCCUUUACCAACAGUUCUGUAUUCAGACUGAAGAAAACUUGGGAGAAAGUCUCAAAAACAACAAAACAAACUAUUGAGAAACUACAAAACAUUGUGUCAUCAGACGGAAGAUUUCGAAAUCUGCGGGAUGCAUUACAUCGAUGUGAUCCUCCCUGUAUUCCCUAUUUGGGGAUGUACUUGACAGACUUGUCUUUUAUUGAAGAGGGAACACCAAACUUUACAGAAGAUGGUCUGUUAAAUUUCUCCAAAAUGAGAAUGAUAGCACAUGUCAUACGGGAAAUCCGUCAUUUUCAACAGACACCAUAUAAAAUUGAGCUUAUAACAAAGGUGACAAAUUAUCUGUUGGAUCCUUCUUUGCUUCUUGAUGAUGAUGAAUUAUACAGAAUGUCUUUGGAAAUUGAACCUCGUACAUCAAGACUGAGCUCUGCAGCUCUUGCACAGCUGCCAUUGUCACAGACACCUCCUCGCACAUAAAUAUUCAUUCUGAAGUAGGAAGUGCUGUUACAUGAAGAAAUGAACUUCUUCAGAAACAGCAUCGGAAUUUUUUUAAAAUCUCCAAAUGAAGCUUCAGUUUGUAACUAAAGUGAAUAAAUUUGGUGAAGUAGGUGUCAGCAUUAAGGAACAUGUCUUCUUUAGUCUGUUUUAGGCAGGGUUUAUGGACAUUGAGAUAAAGACAUUUUUCUCCUCAAUAUGUAACUAUUUUUUUUAAUUAGAUGUGAAAAGAGUCAACUACUUUUUUCCUUGCUCAUGUGUGUGAAUAGGUAGUGUAUGUUACUGAUGUACAUGAAUGUGUAAGUUCCUUAUAAAAUACAGUUUUAUGUCCUACUUACAGGUGUUCUUUGACUAAAGAAAGUCCUAAAAAGGACUUUAAAGAAUACCUGAAAAAAUAGAUGAGAAUUGAUAGCUAGCUGGAAAGAUAAUCUUGCCAUCUCUAGGCAAUUUGUAUAAGGAAAAGUAGUGACAAAGUAUAAUGUAAGAAGGAAACUGUAUUUUUUCACACAUUCAGUGAAAAAAUAUUUCUUUAAUGCUUCAAACUGAGCUAUACUUCAAAGGAGUUAUGUUGUAUGUCCUGAAUGAUGACAGCAGUAUAUCAUGGCAUAGCACACAUCAUACUCAGUGAGACUUAAAAAUUAUGUUAUUUAAUAUUCUGAAAAAAAUUCAAAUUUGUAAAAAUAGUUAACAAUAAGAUUCAUUUAGAUAGAUAAAGUGAGGCAUUCCUUUAAUGACAAUGAGUGUUUCACUAUAACAAAAAGUUCCUGUAUAUCUUUCUGAUACUGUUCUGUGUUUCAUUUCAUAGUAUGCUUUAUGGCAGCAAUGUGCUGUUAAAGCAGUGUGAAAUUCUGUUAAGGGGGAGAAGUUACCUGCAGUUGUUUUAAUCUGUAUGUAAACUGUAUUAUUCAGAACAGAAAACAAGCUUUCAACACAGUGCAGAUGAAAUGCAUAUGUGUAACUUUUCAAUGUGAGUACAAAAAUUAGGCUACCUUACAUGCUAAGAUUAGACAGAUACUGUUAACUAUAUGCAGUCUUUUGUGUAUGUCAUUAUCAAGCUCUUCCCAUUCGUGCUCAAUAUAGCAUCUGCAAUUAUAGCCCAUUUUGUCAUUUUUGUAAGCUGAUGCAGGUAAAUAAUAUUUUAUUGUAUCAAACACAGUAAUGUAUGACAAUCAAAAAUGUGGUUGGAAUACUCAACUCUUGCCAAAAUAGAAUAUGCUUUUCAGUAUACAUGCCUUUUAUGGCACUGUUGGCACAUAUCAACAAACACACAAUAGUUUUCAAAUAUGGUAUUAUAUCCUCUGUCUUAAUUUGCUAAUUAGGACUCUUCUGAUAAAUCCUGUUGCAACAGAAAUGGUUUUCCCAAAUGACUUAAAAUUGCUCUUGUACUGCCUGAACUUGGAUGUUUGUGCAUUAUGUCACAUUGUCUUAUAGCAGUGUGAGUUGUGGACCAAGUUUUCUUUGUCCUCUUUACUCUGCUUUGUAUGUAAAGUUAUGCUACUCUUUGCAGAAGCGUUGAACCUGUCACCAUACUUAAUGCUGUAAAACAUUGUUAGAAAGUUUAAUUUCUUAUGAUACUGUUACAGAGCAAUUUAAUGAAGUACCACAUACAUACAAACAUACAUACAUACACACAUAUUGCUGAUCAUGGACUGUGACCUUAUAAGUUCCUCCAUCUUGUGCAGUUUGUAUCCAGUUUUCAUGGACACACAGCUGUUAAAGGUCCUUCUGCAGUGCAUCCUUUCUCUAACAACUGUUUGCAUCACAAUCAUUACUUAGUGAUGAUAUUACACCAUGUUUUUUGUGAUGUACUGCUAUUAAUGAUUAUCAUGCAACCAGUUGUGAGUAAAUGAAGAACGUUAUGAAAUUGUUUUUACUGAAACUAGUGGAUUAUGCUGGAAAGGUUGAAUAUUCUGAUAGUAGCAUUGGAUAAUUCUUUAUUGAAUUCUGCAUGGUCCAAACAUAAAUUACAAAAUACUGCUGUUUUAUUGUGUCUAACAUCUUUCUUUCUGGAAAGUAAAUCAAAUUUGUAUAUUACUACUUCAUGAAGAUAUUAAUUACUACAUGUUACUAAGUAAUAGUAAUGCAUAAACAUCUUGAAGUGCUGAUACAUAUGUCACAUGUAAAGUAAACAUCUGCCUGUCAUUGUGUAGCUCAGGUUGUGUAAUGUCUUCUCAGGAAAUAAGUUUUACAAUAUUUUACCACAGUUCAUAAAGUUUCAAGCAAAAAUGAAAUUCCAUGUGUUUCCCAGCAUGGUGUAACACUUGGAGAAUUUCAUGUUCCUAUGUGAUAAAGAACAUUUUAAAGUGCACGAUACUAAUACAACAACAACAACUGUAAAAUAAUUAAUAAAAUAUUACAAAAAUUACAUUAUGGUUGUUACUUGGAGAAAUGUAGUUUCAUUGUAGAGUAGCUGAAAAAUUGAGUGUUUUAUGUUAGACGUGAUUGAAAUACACUUUAGCUGAAGAGUUUGUUACACAUUUUUAUGUCUUAAGCUCUCCCCUUCUCCUCUACUUUUUCUUCUGUCAAUAUGUUCCAGCAAGAGCUACAAUGAUGGUGGUAUCUCCUGUCACAGUCACAUUCACUAUCUGCAUUAUGUCUUCUAACAUUAUUGCAAAUGGAACAGUUCUUCCAGUGACCUUGACUGUUCUCUAGUGUGGAUAUCAGGAUUCAUACAUAUUGAAAUGCCUGUCUUAAUGGUGAUGGUGAUUCCAAGAUGGGAGACUAAAUAGCAGGUGGUGUAUAGCAAAACCUAAUAGCUCGCAUAAAGUCACUAGCUUCCAUAUUUUUUGCAACAUGUGUCCAAAACGUUUCAUGGAUGGUGUCUGAAAAUAAGGGAAACAGGAUUUACAAACAAAAUGCCUUUAAUGGCCUUCAAAAUAAUCAACAUUAGCUGAGACACACUUGUGACAUCAGUUGUGAAGCUACUGGAAGCUGUCAGCAAAUUCUUCUUGUGGAAUCACUCGAAGACCCACGGUCACUUGUUGUUGGAUAUCCAUGUCAUUACAGGAAUGAGAGCUGAUACUACCAGUACAAUCUGCAGACCAAGUGACAGUUGGUGGUAUGAUGUUCCAUCAUCUUCCCUACCUCCCUUGGGUACAAAUUCAUGAUGGAUCAAGUUCUUGCUGUUGAAGAAGGUGAUCAGAAUCAUCUUAACCUUGGAUUUUGUCUACUGACUGUUUUAGGAGGUGGGGAAGAUGAUGAACAUUGUGGUAGGACUAUCGCUUAGUCUCCAGAUCAUAUUGGUAGCAACAGGUUUCACCUGCUGUAUGUUGUGCUGUGGUCUUCAGUCCAGAGAGUGGUUUGGUGCAUCCCUCCACACUACUCUAUCCUGCACAAGCUGCUUCAUCUCCAAGUAACUAUUGCAACCCUCUCUCUCUAUUUGUUUAGUCGGUUCCUGCUCUUCAUGACCCCAUGAACCAAAUCAUGCCACUUUUUCCUGUCUUGGACUUUCUCUCGUAGACCUUCCAGGUUGGAACACAUUGCUUCUGUGAUGCCAUCGAUCCAUCUCAGCCUCUGACAUCCUCUUCUUCUAGUUCCUUCAAUCUUCCCCAGCAUUAAUGUUUUUUCCAGCGAGGCAUGCCUUCGCAUUGUGUGUCCAAAGUAGGUCAGCUUUUGUUUUAACAUUAGACCUUCCAGGGAGAAAUCUGGUUUUAUUUGCUCCAAUAUUGAUCUGUUGGUUCUCUUUGCAGUCCAUGGAUCUCUAAGAAGUAUCCUCCAACACCACAAUUUGAAGGAGUCAAUUCUUUGCCAUUCAACCUUUCUAAUGGUCCAGGUCUCACAUCCAUACAUCACAACUGGAAAGACCAUAGCCCUCACAAUAAGAAUCUUUGUUGCCAGUGUUAUAUCUCUGGACCUUAUAACCUUGUCAAGGUUUGACAUCGCCUGUCUACCGAGCAACAGGCAUCUCCGGAUUUCAUGGCUGCAGUCGCCAUCAGCAGAUAUCUGGGAACUGAGAUAACUGAAUGUGGUCACUACUUCCAUGAUUUCUCCUGCUAUAUCCCACGAAUUGGUAGGUGUAGUUGCCAUAAUUUUCGUUUUCUUCACAUUCAGUCUAAGACCAGCCUUUUCACUUUCAUCUUUCACCUUCAGCAAGAGUGUUCUCAAUUCUUCUUCACCUUCUGCCAACAGGAUCAUAUCAUCUGUGUACCUGAGGUUGUUUACAUUUAUUCCAGCUAUUUUAAUUCCUGUAUCUCCUUCAUCUAGCCUCGCAUUCCUCAUAACAUGUUCUGCAUACAGAUUGAAUAAGUAUGGUGACACUAUGCAGCCUUGCUGGACCCCUUUCUGAAUCUUUAUCCAUUUUGCUGUUCCAUACUCAGUUCUCACUGUGGCUUCUUGGUCAAGGUAUAAACUCUGUAUUAGAUGAAUGAUGUGAUCUCUUACACCCAUGUUUUUCAGUAUGUUCCAUAAUUUGUAGUGAUCGAUGCAGUCAAAGGCUUUGGCAUAAUCAAUAAAGCAGAUGUACACAUCUCUCUGGAAUUCUCUUGCUUUUGCCAUAAUCCACCGAAUGUUAGCAAUUUGAUCUCUAGUUCCUCUCUCUUUCCUAAUUCCAGUUUGUUCUUCUGGUAGCUCUCAAUCUAGAUAUUGGUGAAGUCUGUUUUGUAAGAUUCUUAACAUGACUUUGAUAGCAUGUGAUAUAAGUGCAAUUGUUCGGUAAUCUGAGCAUUCUUUAGAACUUCUCUUCUUUGGAAUGGGGAUGAAUACUGAUCUUUUCCGGUCCUCUGGCCACUGCUGUAUGAUCCAUAUUUUUUCACACAUUGAGUGCAGCACUUUCACUGCAUCCAUUCCAGUGGCUUUAAAAAAUUCUGCUGGUAUUUCAUGAAGUCUACUAGUUUUGUUAUCAGCCAUAUUUUCAAGAGCCCACUGGAUUUCACUCUCCAAAAUAUCUGGCUCUAGUUCUAAAUUAACAUUAACAUCAGCAGUAGGAGCCCUGUCAUUAUGCAGUUCUUUCUUGUAUAGGUCUUCUACAUAUUCUGCCCAUCUUUCCUUAACAUCCUCUGCUUCACUCAGAUCUUUCCUGUUUCUAUCUUUUAUCAUUCCAAUUUUUGCCUGGAAUUUUCCUUUAAUUUCUCUAAUUUUCUUAUAAAGAUCUCUUGUCUU